AUGGAGCCUGAGGUAACGUUAACCGGUCAUGAGUCAUGACUGUUGUUGACUAGGCUAGCAUUAGACACUGGACAGCCCAGUCAAACUCUAGUUGAAAGUAACUAGCUAAUUGUGUCUGAAGUGUUUUGUGUAACACCCCCCAGCAACUAACGCUAGCAAGUAACUCAACUACAACUAAAAUUGCAACACAGUUUAUCUGUGUAGCCCUGUUAUUAGGUAGUCACUGUAGUUAGCUUCCACCUCAGAUAGUCAAGUACUGUAAUACAUUUGGUUGACAAUUUUGUUUUUGGAAUGUUUUGUUAGCUCCACCUUAUUUAGCUAGACUGAAGUUGACAUAGCUAAUGUUUGCAGAAAAAUAAAUGUCCCUGUAUUUGCUGUGUGUGUGUCUGUAUGUUGACAUAGCAUACAAGACAGGUAGCUUGUUAACGCCAACUGAUAUAUUUGGGUUCAGUUAUCUUAACAAAACGUUUGUUUGUUUUCAAGAUGACAUCAUCACCCCUGAAAAGGUUUUCAUCCUGGAGGAGACUGUGCAGGAGGAGGCAGAGGAGGUACAAGCAAAUCCAUGUUAUUUCUAAGGCUAUUGUUUAUUUCAAGACACAAUCUGUCAUCCCUGAGGCCAUUCUGGAUAUAAAAUGGACAAUAUACAUUAUAUGCAGUGAUUAUUAAAUAUACAUAUAGCCUAAUAGAUGCCUUAAUUGUUUUCUACCAACAGGAAAGAACGGUUAGUACAGCAUGCCAAACUGACCCCUGGGUGCCAGACUGUUCCUGUGCUGCGGUGGAGAAGAGGUCCACCGGAACCAUCACUAAAGAGCUCGAGGUCCAGCUAGAUUACGCUCACGACCAUCAGUAUUUAACCGAGUCCUGCCCCUAUACGCCACAGAUGAGAGUGAGAUCAGUGAAGACCGGAACUCGCUGUAGGAACCUGAGAGCUCAGAAUCACAAUCAUCACAGUGCAAGCUACUAUUGAAGAGUGUGUGCAAGAUCUGAAAUACAUAGUCUUUGAUAGCAAGCUGAAGGAGUUGUUCAAUGUCUGCCAUGAGCCAGGAUGUCAAUCAGGUUUCAUCAGUUCAUCCCUGAAAAGAAAUGGUUUUGCCAUCACCAUGGAGACAGAGUGUGUUGUGGGUCACAGGAGGAAGAGCGAGUCCCAGACCAGAGUGGGAAAGUUGUUGGCAGGGAAUAUGUUGGUGCCGUCAGCGGUCUUCCUUACUGGUGGCUCCCACUCCACUUUUGUGGAAACAUGUCACCUCCUCAGCCUGGUGUCCAUGUCGCUGCGACAGUUCGCAAACCAACAGCGCAUCUACAUUGUGCCAGAGUUUAACUACAUGUGGACCCAGCACACGGAUGCCAUUCUGGCUACAAUUGGUGACAGUCCACUAAUCGUAUCUGGAGAUGCACGGUGUGAUUGUGCCUCCUUUGGCACUUACAACAUCCUGGACUCUGCUUCCCACCUGAUCCUCGCCCAGGAGACUGUGCAUGUGACUGAAGUGAAGAACAGCUACUGGUUGGAGACGGAGGGAUUAGAGAGAUGCCUGCAACACAUUGAGGUAAGCUAUAGCCUAACCUAUAUUUUGUAGCUAGCCUAAGGGAUGUAAGUGUGUAUUUGGUGGAUAUAUGAAGAGGAUGUAGGUACCUUCAGGAUAAUAAUAAUAACAAUAAUAAUAAUAAUAAUAAUAAUAAUAAUAAUAAUAAUAAUAAUAAUAAUAAUAAUAUUAAUAUUAAUAUUAAUAUUAAUAUUAAUAUUAAUAUUAAUAUUAAUACAAUCAUUAUUACUAACAGGCCCAUGGAUGCAGUAUUGAAACCCUGGCCACUGAGAGGCAUCCAAGUGUGAGGGUGCACUUGAGGGAUAUCUGGCAUGAGCAUGACCUGUGGCACAUUGCCAAAGGUAUGCGGAAACAGCUGGUGGCCAUCGGGAAGCCAGAAGCACUGUCAUAUAUUUUAUAGUAAAAUCAGAACUAUAUGAUUAUGAUGAUUCAAGUCGGUGACUCAGGGGUCUCAUUUAUUCCCUGUGUCUCAGGUACUGCCAUGGGUGAGGGCAUUAACACACCACUUGUGGUACUGUGCCUCCACUGCUGGUGGGAGUGUCCAGGUGCUAAAAGAAAAGUGGAUCACUGCAGUUCACCACAUCACGAAUGAACACCAGUGGGUCACUGGAGACACACUCAACUGCUGUGAUCACCCACCUACACACCUGAAGAAGAGGGAACACGACCCUGGAUGA